CUUUAUACGUUUUCCCGCUUUAAUUUCAUUUGGGAGCCGCAGCAACACGUUUAUUCUUCGUGUCCCCAACACCCCAAAAGAAUUCAGCUGAAAUAACUGGAGAAGAAGUUUAAAGACUUCUUAGUACAUGUUUUAGUUUUAUUAAAGGACUAUGUAUCAGCACAUCUCUCAUUGUCGUUUGGGUGAUUGUAGGAUGUUUAAACAACAGCUUCCUCUUGUUUUUAGGAGGUAAAAUGGGAUUUUGUGGACUCACUCUGUUUUCAUGCACACAGUUAAUAUUUAUCUAACGUGAUGGUUAAUUGGUGUAAAACUACCUCUAUAAAAUAAAUAAACUACCUUUUAUCUCAGGGUUUCAUUCAUUUCUGUGAAAAGGAAGGCAAUCAGUCAUCUUCCAAACGGGAUAAAGAGUCCGAAGCCUUUUGUUCAAACAUGAAUAGAAAAUGUCAGAUGUCACCUGGAAAUGAAUGAGCAGGUGAAAUGUCCUAAUUAAAAGCCUGGGUCCGCUGUUUGUUUUCUAACGUGAGCACACUGAAAGCCGCUGGUGUUGACUCUUCCCUUGGACCGUUCAUUGGGUCCAUUGUUGCCCGUCCACUCGGAGGCUUGAAAAGGGCUCGUCUGGAGGAGGAGACGCGCCGCCAUGUCGCCUCUGACCACUCUGGCUCUUCUGGCUCUGACCGGUGUCUGCAGCUGUGGGACCUUGGACUGCUCGUACCUGGAGCUCCUGACGUACCUGAACCUGACCACCACCAACAGCGCUCUGGUCAACAUGCGGCCCGUGAAGAACUGGAUGACGCCCACCUUGGUCCGGGUGGACAUGUUGCUUUUUGGCAUUUUAGAGGUGAACGAGAAGACCCAAACGUUCACCAGUCACAUCUGGAUGAGCAUGCUUUGGACCAAUGAGUUCCUCACCUGGAAUAAGUCGGACUUCUGUGGGAUCGACAAGCUGAUGGUUCCGAGGUCGACUCAGUGGAUCCCAGACGUCGUCAUCGCCGAGGACGUCUCUGAUUCCGGGACCAUCCAGAGCGUCCCUGUGGUGUCUCUGUCUCCUGAAGGUUCUCAGGUGGCGGUCACACGCCAGCGUCUGACCGCCACCUGCCUGCUCGUCGUCACGCUUUUCCCCUUCGACCAGCAGCGCUGCAACUUCACCUUCACCUUCAUCAACUCAGACGAAGCGAGUAUCCAGCUGGGAAGCAUCCACAAUGAGACGGAGCUCAGCAAAACAUCGGAGCACUUCAUGGUGACGCAAGGAGAGUGGGACCUCAACAAGAUGGAAAUAUUCCAGUACAGAAAUAGGACGUCAGGAUAUCCAGACAGACUCGUUUACACCGUCACCAUCUCCAGGAGGCCGUUGCUCUACGUGGUCAUUUUCAUCCUCCCCUUGCUGCUGUUCGUCUGGCUGGAUGUCGCCUCCUUCUUCAUCAACGAAGCCCGGGGGGAGAAGCUGAGCUUCAAGGUGACGGUUCUCCUCUCCAUCUCCGUCCUGCUGCUCAUCCUGAAGGACAUGAUGCCCUCAACCGAGAACCGUCUGCCGAUGAUUGCCAUUUACUGCCUUGGGAUCUUCUGCCUGGUGGGUUUCAGCGUGCUGGAGGCCAUGCUGCUCAGCUUCCUGCACGACCUCGACGGUUACUGUAAGCCCCAAAGUCCCGAUAACUCGCAGGAGGAGAUUCAGCUGGACGAGGACUUUGGCCAAGCCGAAGAGGCUCCAGACAAAGGUCCCGCCCCUCUGGAUCAAGGCCGCGACCUGCUGAAACUCAUCCUGGAGAAAGUGAGGACCGCUCGACAGGAAGUGGCAGAGCGGUGCAAAGAGGAGAUGCGACCCGGUCGCUACAGAAGGCUGGCGGACAUCAUAGACAGAGUGUUCUUCUCCCUCUACCUUUUGACUGCUUCCGUUUUUCUCACGUACAUGUACAUAGUCUGGAUUUCACACGUUUUUUAAAGGUGAUUUGAUGACGUGGGUUUGUUCUGCUCUUAAAUCUUGAUUGAUGCUUUUUUUAAAUGACAAAACGUAUAGGUUUCUAACAGCUAAUUGUUUAAUUAACUGUCUUCUAUCUCUCUUUAUCAAAGUGUAAGAAUCAAAAUAAAAGGAAUUAUUAAGUGUU